UUCACGUUUUAGUAAGUGAGUCAGUGAGUCAAGUAACUCUCAAUGAGGCAGCACCGAUGCAACUUUUGGACCGCGGUCCCUUUCUAGCACCGGAUCGGUUCUGCGUCGGAUUGUCAGAAAAGGGGGGUGGGACGGUGCUUAGGAACUUGAAUUGUGUGUAAACCUGAGUGCGCUCUUGCAGUCUGGCUCGAGAGCGAAGAUUCUCCUACCGUUAUUGCUAUUCCGCAGACAUGGUUGUUUAUGUUACGCCUUCUACUACGUCUUCCUGCUUUAGUCGGACUUGGCAUAGCUAACAGCUGGGAUAUACAGACUGUUUUACGCAGUUUCUAUUUUAUUUUUUAUUAAUCCAGCACUCAGGCUGAUAACUUCGAGGAGCAGACAUUAAUGGCCCGGCGAUCGCUCAGAGCAGCAUGUUUUAGCGUGUUCGUGGGCAAGGCAGCGUAGCUAGCUAUAGCGAGGCAGCCAGUUAAAUCCUAGCAAGCUAACUAUACUUGCUAGGUCGUGACACACGGAGUGUCUUCUCCCUAGGACAAUAACAAAAUAACCAGUUACAUUCAGAUGAAGGCAAGUUCAAUGUUUUAACACUCAAGCCAGGGACUGCGCAGAAGGGCGGAGGAGAAUGGCUUCUAAGGAAAGGCUCUACGAACUGUGGAUGUUGUAUUACACCAAGAAAGAUGUGGGCUAUCUGCAGCAAUGGCUGGAGGCGUUUGUGGCGUCCUUCGAGAAGCUUAUCGAAGUGCAAUCACUGGAACCUCGGCGGCCAGAGGACUCUUGCUCAGAGGUGCCCCUCCUACCACGGGAAGUCCUGGUCUUACUCAGCACCCAGCUUUGGCACAGCGCCCUCCACCUGUCAGGGCAGGAACAAAACAGUACCGCCCCCCACCCUCUGCUGCUCAUCAAAUUCUUCAUCAUCAUAUGCAGGAACAUGGAGAAUAUUGACCCUGACAAGAUCCCCGGCUUUGUCUUUGAGACCAUCAAACUUUUGUCUUUCUGUCUGACACAGCUGAAGAACCAGCCAGAAGAUGAGCAGUCAUUACAGGCAGUGGUGCAGCAUGGGCUGCUGCUGUGUGAGAGCCUGUUUGACCCCUACCAGACCUGGAGGAGACGACUGGCUGGGGAGGAGGUCAGCCCAUUGGAGAGAAGCAAGUACAAGUUCUCCCCUCUGCCCCUACCUGAAGAACUCCCUGCGCUUCUCCAUGACAGCCUUCAGGACAGCGAGCGCAUCCCAGAGUUCAUCACCCUGCGAUUGGUCCAUCUCCAAGGGGCAGUUAUCAGUGGCAGCCAGAAAAACGGUCUGUCCUGCGUCACGCCCCUUGCGGUGCGGGACCUCAUGGCCGUGCUGCAGGCCUGGUGCUGCCGCGCCUCCCCCGAGCCCAAGAAUCCCCGGCUGCUGCGACUGACCCUGCAGUGCCUGACCGCAAUGGUGCACUUGCUGCACUCCAGCAGCCCCAGCCAGCGACAGGUGGACAUCAGGACCGUGCUGGACAGCUACUUCCGGCUCCUGAACUGGAACCGGCUGCCAGGGGAUGGCGAGGGAGACACACGGGGCUGGGAGGACAGUCUGAUUACCCUGCAGGCCCACAUGCUGAAUGCAAUUCCAGAGAUUCUACAGUGCCCCGACAGGCCCGUUCUCCAGGCCAUCUUUCUCAACAACAACUGCUAUGAGCACAUCCUGCGAUUGAUCCAGAACAGCAAGCUCUAUCAGAGCAACAGGACUAGGCCGGAACGUGAGGGCGUGUGUGACCUCACCACACGCUUACUCACAGAGAUCGAAGUGGACCAGGUUUGGGAGAAAGGGAGCGACUCCAUCACAGUUCACGCCCUCAGCGUCCUCACAGCUAUCAUGAGCAACUCCCCCUCCGCCAAGGAGGUUUUCAAGGAGAGGAUUGGCUAUUCCCACCUGUUUGAUGUGCUGAAAAGUCAAGGUCAGCCAACCAAACGGCUUCUACAGGAGUUGAUGAACAUGGCGGUGGAAGGGGAUCAUUCUCACGGAGGGGCUCUGGGGAUCAGUAACGACCAGCCCUUGCUCCUCCUGCUCCAGUGGCUUCCGGAGCUGGCCUCCCGGGACCUGCAGCUGCUGGUGUCCCAGUGGCUGGCGGGGGUGUGCGGCGGCUCCCGGUCCUGCCGGACCGUCGCCGUGGAAGCGGGACUGGUGGGCGCUCUGCUGAAAGUUCUGGCGGAGCCAGACCGGCUGGACCGGCAGUGCGCCGACGCUUUGCUGGGCCUCUUGCAGGACUUGGGGUCCCUCUCCCUGCGGCCCAACGAACUGAAGCAGCUGCUGCGGCUGCUGAGGACAGAGCAGGGGGCACACCCUUACUGCAGCCGCAUCAUCAGGGUGCUGUCCGCCAUGGCGGCCCGGGAGGGGCGCAGCAGCGCCCUGCAGUACUUCGACCUCACGCCCUCCAUGGCGGGCAUCAUGGUUCCCACCAUCCAGCGCUGGCCGGGCAGCGGCUUCGCCUUCCACGCCUGGCUGUGCCUGAACGCCGAGCCCCACCCCUUGUGCUCUGAAUUUUCCACCCCCACCACUCCAGGCUCUCCCAUGCCCCCUGCCAGCCCUGGGACUCCUGGUAUGAAGGGCCCGCGGAGGAGACAGCUCUACAGCUUCUUCACAGCCAGCGGCACUGGGUUUGAGGCCUUCUUCACCACAGAGGGUGUGCUGGUGGUGGCUGUGUGCACCAGGAAGGACUACAUGGCUGUGAGCUUGCUGGACUACCCUCUGACCGACUGUGCAUGGCACUCAGUGGGCAUUGUCCACAUUCCUGGGCGGCGGCCUUUUGGUCAGAACCUGGUCACUAUAUAUGUGGAUGGAGAUCAGCGCAUGACUGCACAGCUACGCUUUCCCUCGCUCAAUGAGGCUUUCACUUCCUGCUGCAUCGGGUCAGCAGGCCACCGCACAACCACCACCACUUCCCCAACCCUGCCGCUCCCCUCCCACAUGUCCCCAGAGCUGCCCUUUCCCGCCCACGCCGCGCCCCUCACACGCUCCCAGUCCUUCCCCGCCUCCUUCGCUCCGGGCCGCUGGGGCUCCUCGGGGCCCCCUUCCCCCCGCGACGCCCCCGUGCACACCAUCCCCGCCGGGCUGCAGGACACAGAGUGGGGGACGCCCACCUCGCUGGAGGGACUCCUGGGAAUGGCCUUCAUCUGCCACGAGGCCCUGCAGCCCACGCACACACGGGCGCUGUAUGCAGCAGGACCCAACAAUGUGCCGCUCUUCAAACCAGAUGGAGAGCUGUCUGACCUCAACAGCAAAUUGCUGUUGUACUACACACCACAGGCCUUUAAGAACCAGAUCUGCCUGGACCUGUCUCCCAACCACUUGUAUGAUGGGAGACUCACUGGACACAGCGUAGUCAACUGGGACAUCAAGGAUGUCCUGAACUCAGUGGGCGGGAUGGGGGCGCUGCUGCCCCUCCUGGAGCAGGUGUGCGUGGCGGAGCAGGUGGAGCCCAGGAGCCAGGAGACGGCCGACCUGCUGGGGCCUGAGCUCACCUCAUCCAGGGGUCCCGCUGGCAUGCUGCUGCCCCUGGGAAAGUCCUCUGAGGGGCGACUCGAGAGGAACUCCGUAGCAGCCUUCCUGCUCAUGGUGAAGAACCUGCUGAAGCAUCACCCUGUCAACCAGGAGAGCCUGAUGCACUGCCACGGGCCUGCCAUCAUCGGAUCCAUGCUCAGCAAGGUGCCCAGCUCCAUGAUGGACAUGAACGUGCUGAUGGCAUGCCGCUGCCUGGUGGAGCAGGUGUCCAGUGAGGGGAACGGCCCUUUGCUCUCCCAGCUCUACCAGCACCUCCUCUUUGACUUCCGCAUCUGGAGCAGCUGCCACUUUGCUGUGUGCCUGAGCCACGUGCAGCAGGUGUCAUCAGCGAUAAAGGAGAGCAAGCAGCGUACUCGCAAGAAGUACGGAGUGCAGUACAUCCUGGACUCCAUCCGGACACACUACAGUGUGGAGAAAGACGGCAGUCCUCUCUCAGAAGAGUUGCAGACAGUGCAGACCUCUCUCUUCUCGCUUCUGAAGGACACCCUGCUGAAGCCUCCUUCCACCGAGGAGCUGCACAGUUUACUGGCAUACACCAUCACUGUGGGGGAAGAGCGGCAGGUGCUCAGUGCCCUGGAUAUCCUGCACAGUCUCCUGAAGAGCAGCCCCCCACGGGAGCAGGUCCUGCCUGUGCUGCUGGAGUGGGGUGUGGAGCAGCUCUACUGUCUGCUUCUCAAAACCCACUUCGGGGAUGCGGUUCGAGAGUGGGUUUUCCGGAUCCUUUACAAAGUGUUGAAGAGCGAGCGGGUGUCAGAGCGAAGCAAACAGCGCGUCAAGCUGAGAGACUCUGGCUACCUGGGCCUGGUGUGUUUCCUGGGAGACGUCCCCGUCACCAUGACUACCAUACGCUGUCUUUACGAGCAGGUUCUUGCAACAGAUCCCGCCCCUAACUUCCGGGACCUGCUGGCUGUGGUGUAUUUGUCCCACCGUGCAGAACUCACAGUCCGUCUGGAUGUCUGUCGCAAGCUCUUCUACCUGAUCCACUCCAAUGAGGAUUAUGUGAAGCAGCUGGCUCGGCAGCCUGGCUGGCAGGAUAUCCUGACCAAGCUGUAUGUGAAGGAGUCUUACGAGUCCCGAGCAGCCAGCCAAUCCGGGUCCAGCCCCAGCUCCUCUCUGGACCCGACCCGGCCACCGCUGAGGAGAGAGGACAGCCUCAUGUUGGAGGAGGGACGCGUGGAGGUGUUUCUGCCCUAUACAUCCCCGGAUGAGGAGGAGGAAGAGGAAGAGGAGCCGCCGGAUAUCUCGGAGGGAUUCUCUGACUUCUCACCGUCUCCCUCUGGUGGAGACCAGCUUAAGAACUACAGCAACUCCCUCAAUUUCAAGUCUUUUGACUCAGCGGAUCAGGGUAGCCACUCGUCCUCGCUGUCCAACACAGUGGACAUCCCUGCCCCUCUCACAGAGGAGGAAGGCCUGUACCACCCCUUGUCCCCAUUUGGCACUUCCCCCUUUGAGCUGGAGCUCGGUGGGAUGAGCCAGACAGGAGCAGGCACCAGCAACCACACUCCUGGCAGCCAGUGCGACACUCCGUCCCCUCUGGACCCCAGCCGCCCCUUCCCUGGUCUUCGGACCCGAAAGAGCUCCAGCCUGUCCAACGUGCUGGAUGACACCAGCUAUGGCACAGACCCACACCCUGGGGACAAUGUUUCCAACACCUCCAACCCACAGCAGGCCCCUGAAGAGGAGCUGUGUAACCUACUGACCAACAUCGUGUUCUCUGUGCUGUGGCGCGGGGCAGAGGGCAGUGAGGAUGCCGUGUGGAGGGAGAGGGGGCAGGUGUUCUCUGUCCUCACCAAGCUGGGCUCCUCCUGCCAGCUGGUCCGCCCACCUGAUGACAUCAAACGCAGCCUGCUGGAGAUGAUGCUGGAGUCGUCUCUGUCGGACCUGCGGGACUCUCAGGGAGCCUCCCUGUCCCACUGCCCCAGCCUGGUGCGCCUGCUGCGUCUGCUGCACGACUUUCUGUUCGCCGAGGGCACCGACAACCAGGCGCUGUGGAGCGAGAAGAUCUUUGAGGGCGUGGUAAACCUGCUGGACAGGCUACAGGCGUGGCACAGCACCCCUGGCACCCCUGGUGCCACUGACCUCAGAGAGAUGGCCCAGGUUGGGCUGCGCAUCAUCACUGGUUACAUCCGGCAGCAGCACUCACAGGUGUGUGAGAUGGCCUGUGUGAAGCUCCACAGCGUGCUCCAGACCGUGCUGUGCUUGGGCUUCGAGGAGGUCUGCUUCCUGCUGGGGCGGCUGGGGGCCCCUCUUUGGCCGGCCAAAGAGGAUGCGGUCUCGGCCGGCGGCCACAUGGAGGCCUUCUCCCAGCUCGUGCCCAUCGUUCGCACGCUGCUGGACCAGCAUGCGGACCCCACCACCCUGCGCAAGCUGCUGCCCAACCUGCCGCCCACCAACGGCAGUGCCACCUUCGCACAGGACCUGCAGCUCUACUGCAGAACCCAGGAGUGGCGGGACUUCUACAAGAACCAUGUUGAUCCCACUAUGCAGCAGUAUGAACUGGACACGUUUGGGAAGAGUCAUGACCUCAUGUCCAACUUCUGGAACUCCUGUUUUGAUGACCUCAUGAGCACCGCCCAGCGGAGGGACAAGGACCGGGCUGACUGCAAGGCUAAGUUCCAGGAGAUGGUUGUUGAUCCCUACCUGAAACGAGUGCGCAGUGAGACUAACCGCUACCACAGUGGUCUGAAACAGAGCAGCAGCCAGCAGAGUGUAGUGUGGCUCCACUGGAAGUCCCUGCGCAGACUGUUGACCAGUGAAAGAGGGGCCUGGGCAGACAGGAUACAGCCUGCGGUGAAAUGGAAACUGUCCAGUGCAGAGACCUACUCCAAGAUGCGACUGAAACUCGUCCCAAACUACAGCUAUGAUCCUCAUCAUGAGGCUAGUGCACUGAGAGAUAAUAUGGGAGCCGAUGGCCCCCGCAGCCCCACUGAGGCCCUCCCACUGGCUGUCGCCAAGGAAGCCAAGGUGAGCGACAUGGAGGACGACCAGCUUGGAGAUGAGGACCUCGUCUUCCUGGACAAACAGGUGGAAGGAGAGGAGGAGAGUCAGAAAGAGAAGCUGGUCCUGUCAGAGGACUGUGAGCUCAUCACCAUCGUUGCAGUGGUUCCGGGUCGCCUGGAGGUCACCAAUCAUCACAUCUACUUCUACGACGGCAGCAAUGAGAAAGAGGAAACUGAGGAAGGCAUUGGAUUUGAUUUCAAGCGACCCCUCUCUCAACUCAGAGAGGUUCACUUGAGACGCUACAACUUGCGCAGGUCAGCACUGGAGCUCUUCUUCAUUGACCAGGCACAUUACUUCAUCAAUUUCAGGAAGAAGGUCCGUAACAUUGUGUACUCCCGCAUUCUGGGUCUCCGGCCUCCCAAUCUGUUCUACUUUGGCUCUCGGUCCCCCCAGGAGCUGCUUAAGGCCUCUGGUCUCACCCAGAGAUGGGUGUGCAGAGAUAUCUCCAAUUUUGAGUACCUGAUGCAGCUCAACACCAUCGCAGGACGCACCUACAAUGACCUUUCCCAGUACCCUGUGUUUCCAUGGGUGCUCUGUGACUACACCUCCCCAACUCUGGAUCUUGACGACCCUGCUGUGUUCAGGGACCUGUCCAAACCCAUUGGUGUGGUUAACCCCCGUCACGCCCAGAAUGUCAGAGAGAAGUAUGAGAGCUUCGAGGAUCCCACCGGCACCAUCGAGAAGUUCCACUAUGGCACACACUACUCCAACGCCGCGGGAGUCAUGCACUACAUGAUCCGCACCGAGCCCUUCACAUCCCUGCACAUCCAGCUGCAGAGCGGCAGGUUCGACUGCGCAGACCGGCAGUUCCACUCGGUGGCCGCGGCUUGGCAGACGCGUAUGGAAAGCCCGGUUGACGUGAAAGAGCUGAUCCCAGAGUUCUUUUACUUCCCAGAGUUUUUGGAGAACAUGAACGGGUUUGACCUGGGCAGUCUGCAAAUGUCCCAAGAUACUGUGACGGACGUGGUUUUGCCUCCUUGGGCAGAGUCGCGUGAGGACUUUAUUAGGAAGCACAGGAAAGCUCUGGAGAGCGAGCAUGUUUCCUCCCACCUUCACCAGUGGAUCGAUCUGAUAUUCGGUUAUAAGCAGCGAGGCCCUGAGGCAGUAGAGGCCCUCAAUGUCUUCUACUACUGCACCUACGAGGGAGCAGUGGAUCUGGACGCCAUACCCAAUGAAACGGAGCGCAAAGCCCUCGAGGGCAUCAUCAGCAACUUUGGCCAGACCCCCUGCCAGCUGCUCAAGGAGCCACACCCACCCCGCAUGUCAGCAGAGAGCGCUUCUCGUCGUCAGGCCCGCAUGGACACGCUGCCGCCCAACCUGUUUGAACAGCUUAACAAACUCAAGGCCUUCGUGGAGGUUGUGAGUGAUGGGGUGCCCCUGGUCCAGGCAGUGGUGCCCAGGAACCAGACGCAUUCCUUCAUCAUUCAGGGCUCUGAUGUGCUGGUGACGGUGAGUGCCAACGGGCUGCUGGGAACCCACAGCUGGCUGCCCUACGACAAGAACAUCGCCAACUAUUUCAGCUUCACCAAGGACCCCACUGUGUCCAAUCCCAAAACGCAGCGGUUCCUCAGCGGGCCCUUCUCAUCAGGAGUGGACCUAGGAGCGCGGGUGCUGGUGGUGUCCAAUGACGGACGGCUGCUGUUCAGUGGGGGUCACUGGGACUGCAGCCUGCGAGUCACUGCGCUGGGCAAGGGCAAGCUGGUGGGAAGGAUUUCCCGGCACAUUGAUGUAGUGACCUGCCUGGCUUUGGAUCUGUGCGGCAUCUACCUCAUCUCUGGGUCCCGGGACACUACCUGCAUUGUGUGGCAGGUCUUACAGCAGGGUGGUUUCUGCAGUGGCCUCUCUCCUCAGCCAGUGCAGGUCCUCUGUGGACAUGACCAGGAGGUCACCUGUGUGGCCAUCAGCACUGAGCUGGACAUGGCAGUCUCAGGGUCAAAGGAUGGCACUCUGGUCCUGCACAGCGUGCGACGGGGCCAGCUCCUGCACACGCUGCGGCCGGCCUGCGAGAGCGGCUUAGGGGCCAGGGUGACGGAGCUGGCGGUGGGCAUGGAGGGGCACAUCGUGGCUCAGACGAUAGUGGAGGGCCGCUCCGCGGGAAAGGAAAAGUACUGCCUCUACCUGUACUCUGUGAAUGGGCGUGAGCUAGCCUCAGUGCCCCUGGAGGAGCAGGUGACAGCCCUCUACCUGGUGCCAGAAUAUGCCAUCAUCGGCACCUCUCAGGGCAACCUACAUAUCCGGGACUUGUACAGCUUGAAAUUGGCAGUGGCCCCCCUGGCCCUGAAGGUUCCUGUGUGCAGUGUGUCUGUCACCAAGGAGAGCAGCCACAUCCUUGUGGGUCUGGAGGACGGGAAGCUCAUCGUGGUGGGGGCUGGGCAGCCAGCUGAGGUGCGUUCGGGGCAGUUUUCUCGCAGGCUGUGGGGCUCCACGCGCAGGAUCUCCCAGGUAUCUUCUGGAGAGACAGAGUACAACCCCGUAGAGACUGCUGGAAAAUGACGUCUGCUGCAGCUGUGACUGGAUUUGCAAGUCAGAGGAGGGGCAGAGGCGGUGUAAAGUGGAUUAGGGAAUUCUCUCACCUAGAAGCACCCUGGAACCAGUGCUCUACCUGCCCCUCCCUGUCUCACCAUGGCUGUCUGUGUGAUUCCUUACUUUCCCAUCUCCCUGAGGGGAAUAAGAAAGACCUGUUUCAGUGGGAACAUUUCUCCAAAGGUGCACUUGUUUCAAUGAAAAAGGGAAGAGAAACUUGUAGUUGGUUUUAUUAACUUUUUUUUAAAGAAAUCAUUCCAAAGACUUUCAAUGGUUUUACUCCAGAACCAAAUUGUCAAUUGUUAUGUAUUUGUGUGUAUGCGUGCAUGUGUUUGUGUGUGUGUGUGUGUGCGCGCGUGCAGGUAUGUGAAUUUACUGAGUGGCCUAAUCCUCUCAAAUACAUGAUGCAGUUUAAAUUGCGGGUUCUUAAAGUAGAGGCAGUGUAAGGCCUUUGUUUCCUUUUAUGCAGUGAACCACGUAUUUAUCCACACAAGGGAUCGAUAAGGCACAUCAAUACGCCACAGACAGCAGGGAAUCAAAGAGCCUAUCAAGUUCCACUUCUUUCUGCUCCUCUGUUGAUUUUUUCAUCUAUUGGACCACAACUUCUUUAGUUCCUGCUGUCUGGUUAUUCCUUGCCUUGUAGUGCCGUACAGGUGCCUCAUUAAAACUCUUGCUGAAACUUGAAAACUUUGUUUGAGCCCACUGUGCUGCAUUACCAGUAUGUUCCAGGAGGGGCAUAUUAUGGUACACCUGAGCAUUUUUCCUAUGUAUUGUGUGAAUGCUGGGAAAUGCCACUAAGCAAUAAUGUUUGUGAUUGUGUUGUCAGGUAUGAAUAGUAAAUGUCUCCAUUUACAGGCUUGGAUGUUUGCUUCUUUGUCUGCAUUAAGUAGACACUGUAUCAAAGCCUUGGAAGAAAAUGUUGAAAAUGUUGUUACAAAAAAAAUCUUUUUUGUCUUUGUUCUACUAAUCAUCAAUCUAAUUAUUUAUCUCUACACUUUAAAUGAGAUUGUUUUUCCUCACUGUUCUACACUCCUACCGCAAAAGAACACCCUUGCACCAACAUUCACUUGAAAAUUGCCUUUUAUCUUUGAUGGGAAAAUGUCACUUUAUAUUGUGUAGUGCACUGAACUGUAUUGUGUGGAGCACGAUCAAGCACUGUACAGAGAUCAACGUGGAAACUGUGUGUGUGUGUGUGUGUGUGUGUGUGUGUGUGUGUGUGUGUGUGUGUGUGUGUGUGUGUGUGUGUGUGUGUGUGUGUGUGUUUGUGUAACUUUUUCAGCUUGGCCUCUUUUAUCACUGUUUGGUUCCUUUCUCUGUUAAGUAGGUUACACAAAGUCAGAGACCAAUUAAUAUAUUUAUGUUAGAGCAGACAAGACACCAAGAUUUUGGCCUUGACCUUUUUAAUUGUGUGUGUCUGUAAGCACUUUUAUGAGGAGUGUGUAGUGGGGCCUUUAAAGACUGUAAAUAGCAAAGGCGUAUAUGAGGGUUUAAGAACUGUGGUUCUUCUAAAGAACUUUAAAAGACAGAGCUUUGGGGGGGGGGGGGGGGGGGGGUUGAAUACAGACCUCGCCACUCCCUCUAACUGUGGAGACAGACUGCCUGAGGGGGUUUACGACAUUUUGUCAAUGCUGCAAUAUUUUUUGAAUUUACUGAAAUUUGUAGGAAUUUAUAGCCUGCCCUCCCUCUGUCCAUAUGUUUUUGUUUGGACAGAUAUAUCUUUUUCCUCUCUCUUAUUGACUUCGUAUUGAGUUGUUGAUGUUUUUUUUUGGUCUCCUUAAACAUGUACUGGAGCACUGAAAUGCUUUGAAAGCAAUAGUGUCUGGGGAAAAACACGGGGUACACAGCCAGCUCAAACUGCACGAGUGAGCUGACUUUCUUUGACGUACUCUUUCAUCAGGAGAGGAAAUACAAAGGGAAUAAUGAAAUGAAUGAUACUA